UAUUAAACCCUAAAAAGACCCUACUGACCCUUAAAAUGAUUUUUUUUAAAUGAAAACUCCUUAUAUUACAGUCAAACUAAAAUGAUGCAUGCUUAUAAUGAAUUGCAUAUUAGCAAUUAAUAAUGUGGCUGCUGAUGUAGUUGCUAUGUUUAAAGUCCUAAUUUCCUGUUUGAGGAAGACAUCGAGUUCACACAAUUCUUUUAAAUUCUUAUUUUCCCUGAAUUUUUGUAUGUUGCUUCAUUCUAAACAUGUAGUACUUUGCUGAGUAAAUAGCAAUACCUAGCUGACUCCAGGCACAUGAUGGGCUGAACUGAACCCUUUGCCUCACAUAAUGUCCACAGUACGGGUUAAACCUUCAGGGGAAAUUACUGUGCUGCAAAGGAAGUGUUGUGUCAUUUGGUUAAACUGUGCUGCUUCCUUUUCCUCAUUUUGUCAUUCCUUGAGUUGAGAGCAAAAUAAGUGUUUUCAGACCAAGAGGACGACACAAGGAAAGAACUGCUAAUACUUUAAACCUUGAAUACCUGUAUUUGUUUUUUCCUGUUGAACGGGAAGCAAAGAAGCCGUUGAGGUUAUCGAAUGGAAACUAUGAACGGUUAAUGAAGCAUGGUGGCUUGCGAGGACACCUUUUGUCUGGUUUUGAUAGACCUCUGACUUCAUUGGUGAGUUUUUUUUGGGUUUUUUGCCAGAUCCACUGACACUGUUGUUCAAGCAACAUGAGCAUCCGCAUCUCAGAGAUGUUCUGAUUCAGGCUGCUGGAUUUAAAGUGAAGACGGCAACAUUGGCUUAAACGGCAGCGAUGCUAAAGUGACGCCAACAUUAUAUCUAGAAGUUUAAAGUUCUGUAUCACUUCAUUGGCAAACUCUACUGAAGAUAAUUUCCAGCAACCCUGACCAUGAAGGCGGAGAGUUUAUUACUGGCAUUGCAAUGUCUGUUGGGAUUUGUGCAAUACAGCAGAGCGCUGUCAACAUGCAAUCCUUUAGACCUGGAACUGAUCAAGAGAAAGCGCAUCGAAGCCAUUCGUGGACAGAUUCUCAGCAAACUACGACUGCCCAAGGAACCAGAAGUAGAAGAGAAGGAGUUGAUUGAAAACAUCCCAGCAGAACUGAUCUCAGUGUACAACAGCACCAUGGAGCUCAAUGAGGAGCAGGCAGCGAACCCAGUUCAGCACACCAUAGAAGAUCCAACAGAGGAGGAAUACUAUGCUAAAGAGAUUCACAAGUUCACAAUGAUGGAGGAAAAACCAGAAAAGUACUUAGUUUUCAACAUCACAGAUAUAAAGCACAAACUGGGUGCAAAUCAUGUGCUCUACCAGGCCGAGUUUCGACUGCGCAUCAAGGAACCUAAAAUGGGGGAUUCAGAGCAGAGACUGGAGCUGUACCAGGUCACUGGGAACAAAUCACGCUACCUGAACUCACGCUUCAUUUCCCUUCAAACGGCUGGCAAGUGGGUGUCGUUUGAUGUGACGUCCACCCUGAAAGACUGGUUGCAGAUGCCUGAGGAGAAGCAGGAGUUUCAGCUGCAGCUGGCCUGUAGCUGCAAGCCCGAGUCUCAGAACACUGAAUUUUUAUUUAAAAUAGCAGGUUUGUCCCGCAAUAGAGGUGAUACGGGCCUCUUAGCGGACCAAGUGGCAAAGCCUUACAUUUUGGUGAUGUCACAUCCUGCUGAUGGCCACAGCCCAGCAAAAUCGCGCAGAAAACGGGAAACAGAUGCUGUUUGUACUGAAAAGUCUGAGGGUUGCUGUGUUAGAAGUCUGUACAUUGACUUCCGCAAAGACCUGGGCUGGAAGUGGAUUCAUGAACCUUCCGGUUACUAUGCCAAUUAUUGCACUGGCUCUUGCUCCUAUGUCUGGACAUCAGAAAAUAAGUACUCACAGGUUCUUGCACUAUAUAGGCAUCAUAAUCCUGGUGCCUCUGCUCAGCCCUGCUGUGUACCUCAGGUUCUAGACCCACUGCCCAUCAUUUACUAUGUGGGGAGACAGCAUAAGGUGGAACAGUUGUCAAAUAUGAUUGUGAAAACCUGCAAGUGUUGCUGAAAGCAUCAUUUCCGUUUGGUCUUGAUGAGCAAAGUUAAGAGAACAACACACUGAGGUGCUUGAGACCCAGCACUUUCUGAGGGGAUUUUUUUAUUCUUUUUUUCAACUUGUUCUUUUUAUUUUACUUGACUCUACUGUAUCACACUUGUAAUGAUAGAUUGUUUUUUACCUGUUGUACAUCUAUUGUGUCAUAAAACUGUACUACAUGUUGCCAUUAAAGUGAUUGUAUUCAUUGUUUGCUAUAAAGAUGCCAAAUUUAUUUAGUAUUAUUAUUAUAUUUAGUAUUUUUAUAGUAUUAUUUAGUAGAUAAAUCAAAUUGAGACAUUUCAGGUUCUGAUUUUAUGUUUAAGUAUUAAGAUUAAACAUACAGUUGAAGUGAGAAUUAUUAGCCCCCUUUGAAUUUUUUUCUUUCUUUUUUAAUAUUUCCCAAAUGAUGUUUAACAGAGCAAGGAAAUUUUCA